AUGGCUUCUCAGCAGAAAAUUAGAACCUCGAUCACCGAUCUACUUGGUGUACAACACCCUGUUCUCCUCGCCGGAAUGGGUGUCGCUGCGGGGCCUAAAUUGGCAGCAGCCGUCACCAACGCUGGCGGUUUGGGGGUCAUCGGAGGAUUCGGAUACAAUCCCGCCCAACUUCGUGAGCAGAUUCAGGAGUUAAAGUCUUAUUUGCAUGAUAAGAAUGCGCCAUUUGGGGUGGAUCUUCUAAUUCCCCAAGUUGGAGGAAACGCGAGAAAAACCAAUUAUGACUAUACCAAAGGCACUCUGCCCCAGCUGAUUGAUGUCAUUAUUGAGACAAAGACCCGGCUCUUUGUCUGCGCGAUUGGCAUCCCGCCACGGCAGGUUGUUGAUCGUCUUCACGCCAACGGGGUAUUGUACAUGAACAUGAUUGGACACCCUAAGCACGUUCAGAAGUGCAUUGACAAUGACGUUGACAUUGUUUGUGCUCAAGGAGGUGAGGGUGGUGGCCACACUGGCGAUGUGCCUUUCUCUAUUCUCAUCCCAGCUGUCUCGCGACUCUUGAAAGGCAAGAAGAGCAGAUUUACGGGCCUCGAUGUUCAACUCGUUGCAGCUGGGGGUGUAUCUGAUGGUGGAAGUCUUGCGGCGUCCUUGAUGCUUGGCGCCGGGGCAGUGUGGGUUGGGACUCGAUUCCUUGCAGCUCAUGAAGCAGGUGUUUCGAAGGCGCAUCAACAAGCCGUGAUAGAGGCCACGGUGGAUGACACUAUCCGGACGAUCAUAUUCUCGGGACGACCGUUGAGAGUCCGCAGGACACCUUACAUUCUCAAUUGGGAGGAGAAUCGUCAACAAGAAAUCAAAGACUUGACUAGUCGAGGCAUUCUCCCGGCGCAGCAUGAUGCCGAAACGCAUGAAGAUAGCGAGGAGAUCAUGGACAACAUUCAUCCGUAUCUAAUGGGUCCUGUGGCUGGCCUGGUUGAAAAGACGUCCAGCGCCCGUGAGAUCGUAGAAGAUAUGGUGGAUGGAGCUGCACAACGACUGGCACAAGGCCACGAAUGUCUAACCCAACGACCGAGAUUAUGA